GAGGCGCCGGAGGUGAGUCGCUGCAGCGGAAUGCAACCCCCUCGGGCCCCAUCUCAGCAGUGUGAAGAGUCCAUCUCGGAGGAGGAGCUGAGGACCCCGCGUGGUCAUUCACUUGGACCUGAAUGCAGAGGCGGAUGCUGGCAGUGCAGUGAGCCAGGCCUGGCAGCGGGAGCAGUGCAGGCCCCGUGUGCCCAUGGAGCUGCCAGCCGAGGGGGUACCUUCCCAGCCCCACCUGCCAGGCUGGAAGAGGCCAGAGGCCUAGGCGCGCAGCCGUGGGUGUCGGCAGACAAAUGCUCCCCAGGCCGUGGGGUUUCCUGCGUGGACUGCUGGGUGGGUGUGCCAAGGUGGAGGAUGCCAGCCAAGGGGCGCUACUUCCUCAACGAGGGCGAGGAGGGCCCCGACCAGGAUGCGCUCUACGAGAAGUACCGCCUCACCAGCCAGCAUGGGCCGCUCCUGCUGAUGCUCCUGUUGGUGGCCAUCGCUGCCUGCAUCACGCUGAUCGUCAUCACCUUCAGCUAUGGGGACCCCUCCAGACACCGGGCCAUCCUGGGGACGGCGUUCUUCACGCUUGCUGUGUUUGUGGUCCUCUACGCGCUGGUGUACGCUGAGUGCCUCAACCGACGGGGGCUCAGGGUUUCGGCGCUGCUCAUCUGGGCCUGCCUCAUGACGCUGGGCUACGUGCUGGUGUUUGAUUUCGACUGGCCGAGGAAGGACACCUGUGCCCGGGAGCAGGUGCCCUUCUUCCUGUUUGUGGUCUUCGUGGUGUACACGUUGCUGCCCUUCAGCAUGUGGGAGGCCGUCACGGCCGGACUCGUCUCCAGCGCCUCCCACCUCCUGGUGCUUGCCAUUCUGGCGGAAGCCUUCACCAAGCCCAAUGUCCACCUGGGGCUGCAGCUGCUGGCCACUGCGGUGGUCUUCCUGUGCGGGAACCUCACGGGCGCCUUCCACAAGCACCACAUGCAGGACGCCUCCCAUGACCUCUUUACCUACACCGUGAAGUGCAUCCAGAUUCGGCGUAAGCUGCGCAUUGAGAAGCGCCAGCAGGAGAACCUGCUGCUGUCCGUGCUGCCCGCCCACAUUUCCAUGGGCAUGAAGCUGGCCAUCAUCGAGCGGCUCAAGGAGCGCGGGGACCGCCGUUACCUGCCCGACAACAACUUCCACAACCUCUAUGUCAAGAGGCACCAGAAUGUCAGCAUCCUCUACGCUGACAUCGUGGGCUUCACGCGACUGGCCAGUGACUGCUCCCCCAAAGAGCUGGUGGUGGUGCUGAACGAGCUCUUCGGCAAGUUUGACCAGAUCGCCAAGGCCAACGAGUGCAUGCGGAUUAAGAUCCUGGGUGACUGCUACUACUGCGUGUCCGGCUUGCCUGUGUCCCUGCCCAACCACGCCCGCAACUGUGUGAAGAUGGGGCUGGACAUGUGUGAGGCCAUCAAGCAGGUGCGUGAGGCCACAGGCGUGGACAUCAACAUGCGCGUGGGCAUCCACUCGGGGAACGUGCUGUGUGGUGUCAUCGGGCUGCGCAAGUGGCAGUAUGACGUUUGGUCCCACGACGUGUCCCUGGCCAACAGGAUGGAGGCGGCCGGAGUCCCUGGCCGGGUGCAUAUCACAGAGGCGACGCUUAAGCACCUGGACAAGGCGUAUGAGGUGGAGGACGGGCACGGGCAGCAGCGGGACCCUUACCUCAAAGAGAUGAACAUCCACACCUACCUGGUCAUCGACCCCCGGAGCCAGCAGCCGCCUCAGCCCAGCCAGCACAACUCCAAGAACAAGGGGGAUGCGACCCUGAAGAUGCGGGCGUCCGUGCGAAUGACGCGCUACUUGGAGUCCUGGGGGGCGGCUCGCCCCUUCGCGCACCUCAACCAACGCGAGAGCGUGAGCAGCAGCGAGACCCUUGUGUCCCACGGGCGGAGGCCCAAGGCCGUUCCCCUGCGGCGCCACCGGACCCCUGACAGAAGCGCGUCCCCCAAGGGGCGGUCAGAGGACGACUCAUACGACGAUGAGAUGUUGUCAGCCAUCGAGGGGCUCAGCUCUACCAGACCCUGCUGCUCCAAGUCUGAUGACUUCUCCACCUUUGGGUCCAUCUUCCUGGAGAAGGGCUUCGAGCGAGAGUACCGCCUGGCGCCCAUCCCCCGGGUCCGCUACUACUUCGCUUGUGCCAGCUUCGUCUUCGUCUGCAUCCUGCUCAUCCACAUCUUGCUGUUGUCCAGGGCGAAGACUCUGGGUGUGUCCUUUGGGCUGGUGGCCUGCGUGCUCGGGCUGGUACUAGCCUUGUGCUUCGCCUAUGAGUUCUUGAGGUGCUGCCCGGCCCGGGGGAAGCUCCGAGCCAUCACCGAGAGCGUGGAGACGCAGCCCCUGCUGCGGGUGUCCCUGGCCAUCCUGACCAUCGGCAGCUUGUUCGUCAUCGCUGUCAUCAACUUGCCGCUGAUGCCCUUCCGGGACUGGGGGCUGCCUGUUGGGAAUGAGACAGGCCUGAGGGCUGUGGGCGGCUGUGAGAUGAGCCCGUGCUACCUCCUCCCGGACUCCACCUGCAGCUGCAUCCUGGCCUUCAUCGCUUGCUCUGUCUUCCUGCGGAUGAGCCUGGAGCUGAAGGUCGUGCUGUUGACCAUGGCCUUGGUGGCCUACCUGGCCCUCUUCAACGUCUCCCCGAGCUGGCAGUGGGACUGCUGUGGCCACAGCAUGGGCAACCUCACCGGGACCAAUGGCACCCUCAGCAGCUCCUCAUCCUGUUCAUGGCAUCUGAAGACGAUGAUCAGUUUCUACCUGGUCUUGUUCUACACCACGCUCAUCAUGCUCUCCAGACAGAUUGACUAUUACUGCCGCCUGGACUGUCUGUGGAAGAAGAAGUUCAAGAAGGAACAUGAGGAGUUUGAAACCAUGGAGAACGUGAACCGCCUUCUUCUAGAGAAUGUCCUGCCCGCACACGUGGCCGCCCACUUCAUCGGUGACAAGUUAAACGAGGACUGGUACCAUCAGUCCUACGACUGCGUGUGUGUCAUGUUUGCAUCGGUGCCGGACUUUAAAGUCUUCUACACAGAGUGCGACGUCAACAAGGAAGGGCUGGAGUGCCUGCGCCUGCUCAAUGAGAUCAUCGCCGACUUUGAUGAGCUGCUGUUAAAGCCGAAGUUCAGUGGUGUGGAGAAGAUCAAGACCAUCGGCAGCACGUACAUGGCCGCUGCAGGGCUCAGCAUCCCCUCAGGGCCUGAGAAUCAGGACCUGGAGCGGCAGCAUGCCCAUAUCGGCAUCAUGGUGGAGUUCAGCACCGCCCUGAUGAGCAAGCUGGACGGCAUCAAUCGGCACUCCUUCAACUCCUUUCGCCUCCGAGUUGGCAUAAACCAUGGGCCUGUGAUUGCUGGAGUGAUUGGGGCACGAAAACCUCAGUACGACAUCUGGGGAAACACGGUCAAUGUUGCCAGUCGAAUGGAGAGCACUGGAGAACUUGGAAAAAUCCAGGUUACUGAAGAGACAUGUACCAUCCUCCAGGGACUAGGGUAUUCCUGUGAGUGCCGCGGGCUAAUUAAUGUCAAAGGCAAAGGUGAACUGAGGACUUACUUUGUCUGUACAGAUACCGCUAAGUUCCAAGGCCUGGGGCUGAACUGAGGGCUUUUGGUAGGUGCCAGACAUGCUGGAAACCCAUUUCCUUCUCUGAAGCAAGCCAGGCGGAAGGCCCAGCCCCACACCAGGCACAAAAGCAGUCCAAGGGAUUGGUCAUCACCACCUGAGCAGGUGGCUGUGUGUGUGUGGCCUCCUUGGACUUGCACUAGGGGACGUGUCAGCUUGGGGCAAUCACCCGGCCUUACACACAGGCAGCCAGAAGCUCUGUGCUGUCCGAGUCUGCAGGGCGGCCUCCAGCCCAGCAGGGAACAGCUCAUUUGUGAGCCAUGCACUCAUCCCCAAGGUGCUGUGGAGGAGACCUUGGAGCAUGACCUGGAGACCUGCCUGCCCCACCCCCCAAGGCCUGUGACCUGCACACGUGGAACGUGUCUUUUCUCGUCCAGGAUGGGUGGGAACUCCUUUCUCCCCAGCACACCAGCUACAAGAGCGCACACAUCUCAUACAGGCAUUCUGGUAAAUGGAGUUGAAAGAUUGUUUUACAUCUACAAAUGGGUUCAAACAAUAGGGAGAAAGCCCCACAGUGGACACUU